AUGAGUGUUUGUGGUACUCGCGGGACAAGUGAAGGGGAGGAUGACCAUGAGGAUUUACAGUCCGUCAUCAGCAAUCUGAUGUUCGCAUUUGGUGAUGGGAUAGAGCCACUUGAAGAAUGCCAGAAAUUGGUAAUGAAUGUUGUGCGCAGUCAAAUGAUCGGAAUCGUGAAAGAGGCUGAGAAGACGGCUCGUAGUCGAGGCAGUCGAAAAAUUCAAAUGGUUGAUAUACUGUUCCAAUUUCGACGUCAUCCAGUUCAACUAAACCGAAUCUUUCAGUAUCUCAAGUCAGCGGAUGUGUUACGAUCAGCUAAACAAUCUUUAUUGAGCGUUUCUGAUGUGAACGCUGAAUCGGUGGAUGAAAUGGAUUUUAUAUCGCAGUUUGAUGAUGGUUUGAAGCAAGACGUCAAAUCAACUCUUUACGGUAAAGAUGCGCAAGCAAUGUAUCAGGCCCUAUCGGUAUUCGAUGAAACGGGUGAAUUACGUGAGAGUCUUGAUAAGUCAGUGAAAGAGGAUGACGAAAAAAUGGAGCGAAUGCGACGUUUAUAUGAACGCGGUGCAGCUAUGGAUCGGGAUUUAUACCAAAAGUAUGCAAAAGCUCGAAUGUGUUCCAUGUGUACAAUCAGCGGGCGAAGGAGCGAACGAUCGAUUCGUCGUUUUUUGAACUGGUUGGGCGGCGUUGAUGUGGCUACUGACACCGUCACAAUACUCAGUUAUUUAGCAUCCGAAAUUAUUUAUGUGGUUGUGGAAGGGGCUGUUUUCUCACGGCAGUCCGAGCCAGAACGACUUUAUCAAAAUGAUUAUCCGGCAAAUUCAUUGCAACUUCGACAUUAUGAAGAAUCUCUAAGAAGAAAUAAGGGUUAUAUGAAGAAUGGCAGUAUUCUUGUCGGUUAUUUCUAA